AUGCUCACUCAGUGCUCAUUUCCUGACACUUUGACCGACAAGCCCAGUGACAGUAUAAAUAAUACACUGGAUACCCUCAUCACAUCAACCUUUUCGGACAGAAUCCAACUCCUGCGUGAACUCGUUUCUGUUCAUGCUGCAGCAACGUCAUCCCAGCCCACUGCCUUAUCUCAUAUCCUUUCUGACCUCUCACAUCAAAUAUCCACUCUUGAAUCUCAAGCAGCAGAUCUUCAACAAGCUCUUGAUACAGAAACUACCCUAUUAGGUCAUGGCAGAUCCAAUAUCCUACCAAAAUUGAAGCAGCAAGAGUCUGUGCUCAUUCAAAUGCUGGACAAGGUAAACGCUGGGGGUACACAUGCCACUUCUACUGAGCAUACUGCAGAUGUGUCUGAUACCUUGACAUUCAUGAAAGUGGCAUCUGCAAGCGACACGAAUGGAGAGCCAGAUGCAGAUCCAACAAGCCAUGCCCCCAAAAAAGAAAAACCGUCUGCUAAACCUUGUAGAUCCAUCCGACUACUCACCGACGAUGAAUACAAUCACAUUCCUCAAUAUAUUGUGGGUCGGAUUACAUUAGAAAAAAUCAAUCAGGCCAUCACUGAUCUCAAUCUUCUUAUAAGUGACAAGUACAAGAUUUUUAAACUGCCUCAGCAGAAAAUGUCUAAAUUGCAGCGAUCCAUCUAUUGGGAACACAAGCAGCUCGCGACUGCCGAGACAAAGUCUCGUGUGUUUGUUACAGAAAAGGAUUUGAAGGAUAAAAGUGGAGGGUGGACGGAGAGCGGAUUCAAGUUUGAUGCUGUGGGCAGAAACGUUGUUGCUAUUCUGAGACAUUUGGGGAGAAUCAAGGAAGUGCGAGGUGGUGGUCAUACACGAAUCGUGUUGCAAUAA